CAGAUGCCGGACUCAUCAUCGGAUGCGAAGGGUAAUAACGGUUUGUUGAAGGACUCUUCCCAAAUGUAGAGUGGGUAGUUGGUAACAGUGUUUCGAAAAUUCUUGGAAGUUGGGAUUAUUUCUAGAAUUACAUAUCCUGUUCAUUUGACAGAUAUAAUGGAAGGAGGCCAAUCAUCUCAGUCAAAUUUCCAACGAACAGAGUUUACAACAUCACCAGUCAAAGAAACACAAACUAAAGCUGUUAGGGAAUAUGAAGAAACAAUUAAUCAACUUAGAAAGGAAAAUUUUGAUCUUAAAAUGCGGUUAUAUUUGUGUGAAGAAAAACACAGGCAAACUUAUCAUGUUAAACGUAGUUAUGAUGAAAAGCAAGAUUGUAUUCAAAUUAUUGUAAAUUUGGAAAUUGAAGCAGAAGAUUUAAGAAAGGAGUUGAAUGGAAAAGAAGAAGAGCUACGCACUGCUUUGGAGAAGUAUUCAGAAGAAAUUGAGAAGUGUCAAACGGAGUUACAAGAAGCACAAAAGAAAAUUAAUGAGCAACAAGAAUUCAUAAGGAUAUUGGAACAACUCCCAACAAUUGAUGAUUAUAAUGAGGUUCAGAGACAAUUCUCUGAAAUGGUCAGUGAAGGUGAUUGCAUGAAGCAACUGUUAGCUGAAAAGGAGGAAGAAAUUGAAAAAGCUAACCAAGAGUCAAAGGAAUUGCAGGAAAAAAUCGUAGCUUUGAACAAGAAAAUUAAGCUUAGAGAUGAAGCAAUCAAAAGUUGUGCACGAAAGUACCAUGAAGAAACUGAUUACAUCCCUAAACACAUGAGGCCAAUUAUUAAAUCUACAAUUCAAGCUGCUGUAGAUAAUAAUGAAAAAGAACUCGUUUCAUCUCUGGAAAAAUUAAAAAGAUCUCUUAGUGAGAUAAUGGGUGUGCUUAUACCAUCAAAUCUUCAAAGCACUUAUGUAGGAGAUUCCCCCACAAAGGUUUCUUCAUCUGCACAUUUAAGUGGAUCAUCUGAAAACUCACUUAGGAAGAAUUCAUCUGCAAGUGAUGCUGGCGUCAGCCGUGAGGUUCCUCCUGGUGAAUUUUCUGCAAUAGAAGGAGAUUUGGAACAAUCAGAAAUGAUUUCAAAUGAACCAGUAAGUCAUUCUGAAAAAACCAUUCAAUGUGAUUUAGGAUCACAGGUUAUUGAGUCAAGUGAUCUUGGUUUAGACAUUUCUGAUAAAAGCGAUUCAAAUGUCGAGACAAUCAAUAGACUAAAGAAUGAAAAUUAUAGUUUGAUGCAUAAGAUUGAAGAAAAAAUUAAAAUUAUUGAAAGUUUUACUACCACCUUAUCAGAUAUUGAAGAGAGAGAGCAAGAACUUAAAGACAAAUUAGGGGAAGCUUAUACAAAAAUAAAUUGUUUGGAAGAAGAGCUUGAAGAGAAACAAAAUUUACUGGACUUAGAGCUUGAUGUUCCAUUUGUUAGCUCAGCUGAUAAAGCGUCUCAGUAUGACUUAGGAACUCAGACCGAAAGUUUAAUACAAGAAAUUAAUUCAGAAAUUAUUCAAAAUUUAACUGCAAAUUGCUCUGAUUUAGAAAAGCAGGAGCGAGAAUUGAAAGAUCAAUUAAGCAAAUCUUUGUCAAAAAUCAAGAGUCUUGAAUUAGAACUCCAAGAGACAAAAAGCCAAAUUUCAAAGGAUGUAGAAAAAGGGGAUUCUUUCUCUCAAACUGAUAUCACUUGGCAUUCUCUUCAGUCAAGCAUAUCAGAUAAGAACUUGCAAGAAUUCGGAACCUCUGACAAUAUCAAUGAAUUGAAAGAAGAAAUCCUGAUGCUUAUACUAGCCAUUGAACAGAAAGAUAAAGAGCUCUCGGAUAACAAUCAAAGGUUCAUGUCACAUGAGAGUUUACUUAUGCCCGUAGAUGAAGGUUAUACAACUGAGCGGGAUGAAUUACAUCGUAGACUGGCCAUUUCCUGUUCUGUUAAUAAUGAACUGUUGAAACACUUGCAAAGUUUAGAAAGAUUUAUGGAAGAUCUGUUACAACAGAAAAAUGCGUCUACCAGUAGCUUGGAAAAUAUAAAUGAAAAUGCAGAUUUCCUAGCACGUUUUUCUGAUUAUGUUGAUCGGAGUAUGAAACUAUCUCAAACUUUAUCUAACCAACUGUCCAUCUGUGAAGGUAGCAGAAUCUUUGAUUUGAAUGAUACAACAAUGCAAAGAAGUGAUUUUGAUGUCAGUGACCGAAAAAGCAUUGGCGGCUUACUGGAUUCUCAGUUUAAUCAAGAGGAAUCGGAUAUUCCAUAUAUUUAUCAAGAAGGUAGGCGUAAUUUUUAUCCAUCUGUCAAAGAAAAUCAAAAUAUCUUAGCAUCAGGCGAGUCGAAUUUGUCGGAAAUCUAUAGCUCACGAAAACUCCAAUCUUUCACUGGAAAAAGGCAAACAGCCGAUUCCCUUAUGGGCAACCCUGACAAUGUUGUAGUUCUAAAAACCAGCAACAAUGAGGAUUUGAUUCUUUUGCUGAACGAUCAAGGCGAUCCCAAAGAUGUUAUAAUCAGAAAUAACGGCGAGCAGAGCAGAAACUCCGAUCAACAUCGCAGGCGAUGUUGGGAUGCACCUACAAACAACGAUUUUUGGAAUAGCGAAAAAUUUGCUGCACAGUACAAGGAAAAUGUUUAUAAUGUAGAAAACAGUAAUGUGUUUAAAUCAAAUUACAUGAGAUACAACACGUGGAUGUCUUCCGACUCCGACACCUGGUCUGAACCUGAUCGGAACGUUUCUAUGCAGAGGAUUGGUAUUGAUGUUCAAACAUCCCCUAUCACCUCCAGAUCGCCAAGAAAAUCACGUUAUAAGGACAGGAGAGCAGCUGAAGACUCGACUAAAAAUGAAUCAGCUUCUAGCUAUGUGAAACUACACUCAUUUUCGAAACGAAGGAGAAGUAGCGAAACUUCAAAAAGCUCCUUCAUCUGUAAAAAGUGCCAAAGACAAUCUCAACAGCUUGAUGACACUUUACAAGAAGAAAACAGUAAUGUUAAUGCCCAAGAGCUUCAACAGUUGUAUGAGGAAAAUUCUAGUCAUCAAAAUGAAAUAGAAAAUCUUUCAGAAAUGCUUAAACAAAAAGAAGAACUAGUAGGUUCCCUUAAUAAGGAAAAGAAUGUCCUUGUAAACGAAAUUAAUGAUUUAAAAGAAGAACUAGCAGAACUGCAGAGAAAUAAUCAUUUAUUAAUUUCUAAGCAGAACAAUUCGUUCUUAAAGCUGGAGGAAAAAGAUUCAUUAAAUGAGGAACUGAAAGGAAUAAUCCGUAGUCUAGAAAUGAAUGUCGAAAGCUCAAAAGCUACAUUUGAAGAAUUGCAGACAGAACUCAAUCAAACCAAAGAGCGCCUUAUAGAACUCGACAAAAAAUGUGCCAAAUAUGAAAAAACUAUUUCAAGUGAUAAAAUAGAAUAUCAAAACAGAAUUACUGCAUUAGAACAAAAAGAAAAAGAACUUUUGGAAAAUAUCAAAGAAAUGACUUUGCAGAAGGAUAGUCUGUUAGAUAAGCUGAAAAGUGAAGAAAAACGUGCAGCAGAUGCGGCUAAAGAAGGAUUAGAAAUUGCAGAAAAGGUGAAAGCUACCAGUGAAGAAAUAUUGCAAUUGCAGAAUUGUAAUAAAGAACUCCGAGAGCUAAAUACUUCUCUUCUAAAUGACAAAACAUCAGUCGAAACAAUUUUAGAAUCUUCUAAAUCUGAAAAAGAAACAUUAAAGUCUGAAAUCAAAAGUUUGAAAGAAGCAAUUGAAAAAUUAAGAUCCAAGUGUGAUUCGUUUGAAGCUGAAAUUGACUUUGUAACUCACUCAAAACAAAAUAUUAUAGAUUUGCUUUUGAACUUUGAGAAGUCUUUUAUGUUGAAUCUUAAAACUUUAAGUAAUGCGUGUAGUGUGAAGUUUGAUACCAAUGUUAUAAACUUUGAAGAUGUGGAAGAAAUGCCAUACUUAGUAGAUGAAGAUGAACAUGUAAAUGAAUUACUGAAAAGAAUUACUUUGGAAAAUUUGAAAUUUAAAGAAUUGGCUUCUGAUUUCACUGCAAAGAUUGAAAAUAUUAAAAAAGUAAAGCAAAAUGCUGAAGCUGAAAAGCAUAAAUCAUCUAUUUUGGAACAUCAAAUUGUGCUUAAAGAUGAAGAAAUUAAAACUUUAAAUGAUGAAAUAGAUAAACUGCAAACUUUGAAUAAUGAGAUUUAUGAAUUACAGAGUUCAGUUGAAACAUUUAGGGCUGAUCAUGAGUUAUUGCCAAAACUGAAAGAAGAUGUCGAAGAAAAGGAAAAUCUUCUAAGAAUUUUGAAAGAAAAAAAUUGUGAUUUAAAUGAAAAUGUGAAAAUUCUGCAAAAUGAGAAAAAUAGCUCUGAACAGGCUCUUAAAUCUGCUAAUGAUGAAAUUUCUUCAUUGCAAAAACGCCUUUUGUCAGAAAAAUCAAGUGAAUACUAUCAGAAUUUAGUAGAUUUGAAGCAAAAUGAAAUAGGGAAAUUACAAGAACAAAUUGAUGCCAAAGAAACUGCCAAAUCCAGAUCUGAUGAUGAAUUAUUGGAAAAACAGAAAAGAGUGAUUGAAGAAAAGGAGAACCUCGUUAGAGAUUUGAAGGAACAAAAUUAUGAAUUAAAAGAGAACAUAAAAAUUCUUCAGAAUGAGAAAAACAGUUUGAAGCAAGCUCUCAAAUCUACUAACAUGGAGUUGGAAAUGAAAGAAAAUGAAAUCCUGCAAUUACAAGAACAAAUCGAAUCCCACGAAAUUGUUAAAUCCAAUUCUGAUCAGAAACUGUUGAAUACACAGAAAAAAAUACUGGAGGAAAAGGAAAAUUGUAUUAAAACUUUGGAAGAGAAAGUUCUCGAAUUCGAGAAAUAUGUUCAAAUUUUCCAGCAGAAGCAAAACAAUUCUGAAAAAACCCUAAUUUCUGCAAACGCUAAGAUUUCUGCUUUGCAAGAAAGUCUUACGACAUCACAAAAAUCAAAUGAGGACUGUAAAAAUUCAUUAGACUUAAAGCAAAAACAGAUUGACAAAUUACAAGAACGCAUCCUCACCUUACAGUCCCAAAUCAAUGAGCUUUUAACUGAAAAGAUGAACCAGGGUGAAAAAAGUCAAUCAAGACGAAAGUUAACUCCUGAAAGACCAGUUAGUCCUGAUAGCUCUACCAUUAUGGAAGUUUCUUCAGAUUCUCUGUUACACUGUGUGUCCACAAGCUUGGUCAACAGUGACAAUUCUGGUUCUUUAGUAAAAUCAGUUCAAAGUGACCAGAUGAUCUCAUCAAAUACAGUUAAAAAGGAUCGGGAAAAAUAUUUGAAACAUAUUAAGUCCUUGCAGCAUAAACUUGAAGAAGCCAGUAGCCGUAAUGAAGUGCUCGAGAAAGAGAAAAACAGCCUGCGUGACAACUUACUAUCUUGUGUUCAUAAUUUCAAAAGAAACAGCACGGAAAAAGCAAAAGAGGAAGAGUCAAAAAUAGCAGAAUUGGAAUCAAAAUUAGAAACCAAACAAUCAUUUAUCAAGGAAUUGAGAGCUGAUUUGUAUAAAGCGCACGAUUCACUCAUUGACAAGCAGAAAGAUAUUGACAAGCUGAAACAGGAGCUGUUUAAACUCAAAAAACUGAAUGAAGACAAUGCAAGAGCUCUGCAGCAAAACAUUCCAGGCAGCAGGUUGUCAGAUACUUUCCUGCUGAGCACAGAAGCUAAUAUCAGCGAUUUGAGGAAGCAUAAGAAAGAAUUGAUGAAUUCUUUACUAGGUUUACAAAAGCAGUUUUAUGAGGCAAAAAAGAUUAGUACGAGUCAUUUCGAAAAAUCCACCCGUCACAUAGAAAGCCUUAGAGCACUUCAAGUCAGUCCAUCUUUGUCGAAAUCUGAAAGUGCUCCCUUUCUCAAUUAUUACUCAAUGUCAAAUGCUGAACAAAGCAAGAAAUGGGACAGAACUUUGAGAAAUGCGAAAAUCGAUCUGGAAGUUGAUAUCGAAUGUUUGCUAAACUUUAAAGUAUUCCUGAAGAGAUUCUUUUCACCGAUAAUGAGUCAAAGCAAUGAUGAUGAAACAAAAAAGGAUGAAAUUGUGCAAACAGAUCUUAAAGAUGAAGAUUCAAAGCCUGCCAAAAGUAAAGAAAACUCUAAGCUGCCUUCCAAAAUUUUUUCAAACAGUAUUGAACGUCGUCUACGAGGGGAAAAAGAGGAGCCAUCCCAUGACAGGUUGGCUGCAACUGCUUCUACAAUAUCAGUGAAACUUGAUUGGAUUGAAAAUGUUCUAAAAACUGUGAUAGAUGAAUUUGAGCAACUUAGUGACAUGGAGUCCGUAAUUAAUGAAACAGCCAGAGAUUCAGAUGCAAAAUCAAUUUUACUAAAGUUAUUUGAUAGCCUUGUCUCUCUUCAGGAAAAUGCUUCUGAAAUAUUUCAUAUGAACUCAAAAUUGAAAUCCUCAGAACUUUUUGACAAUAACCUUCAUCAUAGUAACAGUAAACAAGAUAGUGAUCAUGAAUCCUUAUUAAGUGAUGAAACGAUAGCAUUGAGCAGAAGUGCAAGCUUAAGUCCUGUUAGUUUUGACGGCCAAUUUGCAACAAAUUCAGUCCACCAGAAGCAUAAAGGAAGAGCUCUUAUCCACAGCUAUAUAAAGCAAAGUGAAGAAAUCAAGAGAAUUCCCCUGAGACCAUCUCACAAAGUGAUUUCCAGUUCACAAGAUUCAGUGUUCCAACGCUCUCACUAUUCGUCACCAGAUCUGGGCAUUGAAUCUGAUCCCAAUCAUGAGCACUCAGCUCCUGAAGAAGUUGACAAAUUUCAUUCCACAAAAGUCAGCACUUCGAAGCACGAUUUGUCUGGCUCAGCUAUGUACAAAAACUUGGACAAACAGAGACUAUCCUCCAUUAAUAGUUUCAGUGAUAGUAGUUUUAAAUUCAAAGAUAAAAGUUUACUUGUUUUAAAUGGCACAUUGCAUGCCAUUGGCAUAUUGCAAGAUUAUGAGCUUCUUAAAAAUGAGAUAUCAGAGAGUAUUGUAGGAAUUAAGAGUAUACUUUCAAGGACAGGGGAUGGUAUGCAGCAUAUUACCACCAAUGCAUCACCUCGAAAGAAAUUGGAAUAUAGUACAUUCAAAGCAAUCAAAGACACUUGUUUGAAUCUUGAUGUUUGUCUCGAAAAAGCGAAUAAAUUGGUGAACAAUUUCUGGGUUGCUACUUGUCCAACUGAAGAUGAAUGGAGACAAUUAAUUCAUCAGAAUGAGGAACUGAAUUCCAUGCUGAAGAAAAUGAGUGAAUCAAAGAAAAAGCAAGAAAAAGAUUUUAAGGAUGCCUUUGACAGAUUAAAGCAAGCUGAAACUAUUAAAGAACAGCAGGAACAAAGAAUUUCAAAAAAACUUGUGAAGACUAAGAAGAUAUUGAGGCAAGCUGAAAGGAAAAUUUUGGAGACUAGAAACAAAGAACUUCCCUUGUUAGCCAAGCAUUCUUUCAAAGCUCCUCUCAACCCCUUAUGAGCCAAAAGAAAACAAAUUUCUUUGCUUGAGCUUUUUUAUAAAUCAUAAUUCAAUUAUUUUGACUAAAAUUUUAUUACUUACCUCUACAAUUGCAUUUAAUGUAUCUUAUGAGUGACAUAAUGUUUGAAAAAACAAGUGUGCUUUAUUUUUCUAUUAUUGAUAACAUUUUUUAAACAUUUCAUUAAAUUGUCUUUAAUAAAAUGUGCCAAAUAACAAAAUGAUAUUUGCUAAAUUUCUAAAUUGUUUAGUUUUGAAACAUUUUUUAAAAAGAACUUUUUAUUGCAUUUUUUCUCUAGUGAAGUAUGAUAUUAAAUGAGAUUUUGUGAAGCACAACUGUAUGUUUUGUACAAUUUUCACUGUACAUGGAAGUACAUCUUUUGUACAUUGGGUUUUAGUUGGCGUACCUUGUAAAUACCAUCAUGUUCAUAGUAUGGAGCUGUAUAAAAUGAAUGAUUGAUUGUAUAAAUGGUGCUUGAUGAAGAAUAAAGUAAUUUUAUGCUUUUUGUACAAAAA